AUGCUGACAAGGGCGGAGGACCACAGUGAUGGACGUCGGGCUCGAGAGGUGUAUCGGUAUUUUCGCCCGGAACGCCUCUGUCCCAUCGACGAGAAUCCGACACUUAGCCGCAAAAUCGGGUCAGAUCAGGAUCUUCUCCGGGUUCCGGAUGUACCAACCACUCGCGGUCGUUCACCAUGCAGUGGCUCACAAUCAUCAAAUCCUCCACAGGCAUCAACAGAGCCGGUAGCAAAAUCUUUAAAGCCGAUGCCUGAAUCUUUGAUCCUUGGUGAUGCAAACACAACUCUGAAUUCUUUUGCACAGUUGGUUGCGCUGCGCCUAGAUGUAGAUCGGGCCUUUAUCAGUGUAUCCGACCGAGACUCGCAAUACAUUAUAGCACAAGGUGGUCAAACUUUGGAAGGCACCAACAAGUACGAUUUGAUUGGAGAAGGCCUAUAUGCGGGUUGUUCUACUCUGGAAGUUAGCGACUGGAAUAUGUGUCAGGAUACCGUCGCAUUGCCCCCAUCGGAUCGAGAGCAAGCUGACUAUAGCUUCCUGAUCUCGAAUGAUAUGACCCAGGACGAGCGCUACAAGCACCUGCCCCUGGUGAACAAACAACCAAAUUUUCGAUUCUAUGCAGGAACGCCUUUGACGACAGACAGCAAUAUUAACGUCGGGUGCCUCUUUGUUCUUGAUACAAAGCCGCAUGCGGAAUUCUCUGGCAAAGAAUCAGAGACCAUGGCUCACAUGGCUGUGCUCAUCAUGGAUUUUUUGAAAGUUAGCCGUCAAGCCUCUGAAGGCAGGCGUGCGGCUCGCCAACUGCGCGGAAUAAACAAUUUCGUUGAAGGUCGCUCAUCUUUUGAAACGGAUGCAGACAAUGUCGGCAAGCCAUGUCGACAAUCCAGCAAUGCUUCUUUGAGCAGAAAGCCCAGUCAUCACCGGAGGAACAACAGCUCGUCUUCUUUUUGCUCACGCUCUAGUAGUAGCAGUGCACAUUCAGCCUCGGAUUCUGAGCCGUAUGAGCUGUCUUCGUCCUCAAGUCACGGAUCAAUCAAUUCCGACGAACUAGACAAGAUUCAGACCUCAGUUGAGAGUAAACUGGGUAAUUCAUGGACCUUUCGACGUGCUGCAAAUCUCAUACGCGAAAGCCUUGAGCUUGGUGAUGACAGCGGUGUUGCUUUCCUAGAAGCAGGAAGCGAUUCAGCGCCAGAGCGCAGCAGUGACAGUGACUUUUCCGGUUGCUUUGAAACCGGGAAAUCUUCGUCUGUCCUCGGACUCUCCACUGCUGAGGAUUUGUACGGCCCAUCCGAGAGCUCUACUGCUUCUAAUCCUGUAACAACUAUGGACGAAGACUUUUUACAACGCCUUCUGAAUACCUACCAAAAAGGGAAAAUUUGGUCUCUUCAUCGUGACGGCCAGCUUUCUAGCUCCGACAGUGAAGACGGGUCUCCAAAACGGUCUACCUCAACAAAGCCCCACUCUCGAUCAAAACCUCCACAAGGUUCAAAGGGGUGGAAGCUCAAGGAGAACAAGAUGCUGAACCAGUACUUCCCUGGUGCUACACAAGUCAUGUUCGUGCCAUUAUGGAGUGCUGCCAACUCACAAUGGUUUGGUGGAUGUUUCUGCUGGAAUAACGUAGAGAGCAAUGUUUUAGAUCCCUCGGUCGAACUUACUUCUCUUUUGAGUUUUGGAUCAUCCAUAAUGUCCGAGUGUAGCAGGGUUGAGUCACUCAUCUCAGACCGUCAAAAGGCCGAUUUCAUCGGAAGUAUUUCACACGAACUACGAAGUCCUCUUCAUGGAGUUUUAGCAGCAGCAGAGAUUUUGCAAAGCACUGGUCUAAACCAGUACCAAGGCUCUCUAAUGGACACUGUCAAUGCUUGCGGCCGGACUCUCUUGGACACUAUGAACCAAGUCUUGGAUUACAGCAAGAUCGUCUCUCUCGAGAAGCGAUUCCGACAUCUCGAUCGGCGAAGGUUAUCAACCUUGGAGCUCAAGAAUAUGCAUCGUUCUGCCGCACAUCUAGACAAAUAUGCCACAACAGAUCUCUCGCUCCUAGCUGAGGAGGUGGUCGAUGGGGUCUGUUUGGGUCACCAUCAUAUUCAAAAGCUAUCUUCUUCCUCUCAAGUUUUAACAUCCAUUGAACCGAAACAAGGCACAGCUGGCACAGGCCCACAAGCUCAAAAAGUCGACAUCAUAAUCGACAUAUCCCCCAAUGAUUGGGUUUACAAUAUCCCACCUGGGGCGAUUCGACGCAUCAUCAUGAACAUCUUCAGCAAUGCCAUCAAAUACACAGAGGCCGGGCAUGUAUCAUUGCGAUUAGAAGCAGACAGUUCCUUGUCUCGACAUGGUACACAAGAGGAUAUAGUCACCUUGACGGUGACUGAUACUGGCAAGGGUAUCUCGGAAGAAUUUUUACGGUCGAGGCUUUUUGUACCCUUUAUCCAAGAAGACUCUCUCGCCAGUGGCUCUGGGUUGGGCCUCUCUAUUGUUAGAAGCUUGCUCAAGCCUCUUGGUGGCAGCAUCAAUUUCCAAAGCAAGCCAGGUAGCGGAACAACUGCCAAGGUGACCAUUCCUCUUGCCCGCUCGGGGCAAGAAUUCGAUGCUCAUUUUGUCAACUCACGAUCGCCCACUCCCGAGCAAGCCAGUGUACCACUUGAUGCUUAUCUCCUGCGUCAGAAUUAUUCAGGACGUACUGUUGCAAUUGUCAAUUCAAAUUUCGAGGACGCUUCUGACAAUCAAUCUUGGGCCGUUGCAUCCCGCUACCUGACAGAUUGGUAUGGUCUUAACGUGGUGUCUCCGUCGUCGAAAAGGUCUAUUGAUCUUAUCCUUCUCAACGAAUUACCACCGGAAAUCGACUUCAACAGCAAGUUUCCCUGUGAUGAUGCAGCCCUUCUUAUAAUGAACAACGACUAUAUUGGCCAGGAUUCAAUACAGAUUAUGACCUCAUCUGGAGCUCGAAAUAUCAAUGUCAUCAACCGUGCAUGCGGUCCGCAUAAGCUUGCUGGAAUAGUGAAGAGAUGUCUUGAUCGAGUACCACCCGAUGCUACUGUGAUGCCUAUAUCUAUUUCAGAGCAAGCUUCUCCACCAACUCAAAAUGACUGUCAAAAAACUGAAAUUCCGAAUUUGGAGACUGGUAAAAACAAUGCAGACACAGUAUCCUCUGGUAUUCCAUCAAAAUCCGAACUUACGCAACAGCCUUCAGAGUCUCUGCCACCGGGGGAGAAUGCAGGCGCUCGAAUAUUGGUUGUGGAAGACAACAAAAUCAAUCUCAACCUCAUGCUCGCUUUCUUGAAAAAGCGCAAUCUUGCGGCCUUGCACUCGGCCGAAAAUGGCAACUUAGCUCUAUCUGCCGUGAAGGACGAGCAACAGAGCUACGAUAUCAUCUUUAUGGAUAUAUCUAUGCCUGUGAUGAACGGCUUUGAUGCAGCGCGAAUGAUCCGUACCUUUGAAAAGGAGCGCGGCGAUGAAUCGAAGCGAUCGAAGAUAAUUGCCUUGACGGGGCUCAGUAGUGUAUCUGACGAGACGGAGGCCCUUGAUUGUGGAAUGGACAUGUUUCUGACGAAGCCUGUUGCUUUUAAGGAGGUUAAGAAGAUUCUGGAUCGUUGGGAUGAAGGGGGGAAUCUAGAUCAAGAGACAGGAUUGCCCGACUUUGCAUGA